AUGGUCACGAAAAAACAACAGAUCGCCUUCCACCGAUCUCCAAUGGAACGCCGGCAGUUUUUGUUAGAUCCAGAGGAGUGUUCAUCCCGAGGUAGUCACCACCGGUUAGCCGAGGUCGCCGGAGGAACCACAGCUGAAUGUGCAGCGGUGGUCUGCUGCUUCCCCUGCACCGUCGUUAACUUUUUGGUGUUGGCCGUGUACAAGGUUCCGGCGGGUUUGUGCCGGAAGGCUUUAAGAAAGAAGCGGCGCCGCCGGCUCAAGAAGAAAGGGGUAUUGAUCCAAACUACGCAUGGCGUUGACGGGAUCAGCAUCGAUGGGACGGAGUUCUCCCUCCAUACGGCGGCGGCCGAUCGGUUAGUUGUGAAAUCGAUGGACUCUGACGAAGAUUUAAUCGAGUUAGAAAAUGAGAUGUGGGAGACGUUCUACGGAACCGGGUUUUGGAGAAGUCUCUCUCAAAGGAUCGAUUGA